AUGCUGUUCCAGGAAAACGUGCUGCCGUCGGAUGCAGAAUGCGAGCGAAUGCUGCAGGAGUUUGCCCGAAUCACCCGAACCGAUGAGGCUUGCGCGCACUUCUUCUUGCAGGACUUCAACUGGCAGCUCCAGGCGAGUGCUUCGUUUUGGCUCAGACAAACGCUGCUCGUGGCAUGUGCAUUCGUUAACAAAUUUGUUCCGGCACUGAACCGCUUUUUCUCGUACGCGGAGCAGGAUGAAGCAGAGCGCGCCACGGCCAAGCUGACCCCGCCACAGAAGGCACGAACCGCCGACAAAUUUACCAUACUGUCCUGGAAUGUGGAUGGCCUCGAUCUACGAAGCAGCACCGCCCGUUUCACCGCCGUCUGUUACACCAUCUCGAAGGUCGGACCAGAUGUUGCGUUUCUUCAAGAGAUGACUGCCGAAUUGGUGCAACAGGUGAACCGCAAUCUGGGCGGCGAAUACAACAUUCUUGUUGCAACCCCAGUGGAGCCAUAUUUCACCGUGGUGCUAAUGAAGCCGGAUAUGCCGUUAAUUUCGCACAACGUUGCCCGUUACGAGAAGUCCGGGAUGGGCAGAUCGAUGCAGCUCGUUGAGAGCUUCACGAACGGCCGCAGGCUGUUGCUUCUAAAUACGCACCUGGAAAGCAUGAAAGAGCAUUCGGACGUACGCAGAUCGCAGAUACAGGAAUGCUAUAACCAGCUGAAGCAGUGGGAUGAUGGGAAGAGCAUUAUCAUUUUUGGAGGGGAUCUCAAUGCUCGCAAUGAUGAAAUUGGUGAACUUCCUGAGGGAUUCAAGGACGCAUGGGUGGCUGCCGGAUCCGACUCGAGAUACACAUUCACGUGGGACACGCUACGCAAUGAUAAUAGAGCAACAGGGCGCGGUCGUUGCCGUUUCGACCGCAUUUUCUACAACAGGUGCUUGUUGCUGUUCUUUUUUUUUUUCACUGGUCACUGCAAAGAACCUUCCAGUGUUUGCUACAAGUGCCUAAAGCCAGUUAAUAGAUUUUGA